AUGCCAUUUAUUGACGCCGACACGGUCGUCGCGCUGGGCGACAUGCUUGUGUCGCGCGCCAAAGAGUGCAAGCCGGACUCCUACCACCGAGACGCGGAGUACCAAUCGGCGUUGUCGGGCGCCUUGAUCGCCUUCCAGACCGCGCUCAACAUCAACCCGCAAAACGUCAGGUGCCUCAUGGGCUUGGGCGACAUCCAUCUGGUAAGGGGCGAAGAUCACGAAGCACGCAAGAAGUACCAGGAAGCCAUUGCGGCAGAGCCAAGCGAUGCCGAAGCGUAUGUCAAGCUCGCCAGCACCUAUGGGACAAAAUUCUUUUCGUCCGAUUCAUCAGACACUGACGGUAAGAUUCGGGAGAUCGCUCUCCGUAAGGCUCUGGAAUGCGACCCGCAGCAUGUGGGAGCGCUGAUUCGCCUCGGCGAUAUUCUCCUGGACCGCGCCACCAGUGCCCUAGACAAGAAUGAGGAGUAUGAGCAGUUUGUGGAUGAGGCCGGGUCUCUCUACGGCGCGGCGCUCGCCAUCAAGCCUGACAACUACGCAUCAUACGAAGCCCUGUGCCAUCUGAUCUCCUUCCUGUCCCAUAGCGGUGGGCACAGCAAAAACAGCACGUUGAAGCUGCUCUGGAGCUUGACGAAGUCGAAUGAGCACCUGAAGAAGCUCUGCGUGCAUGAGUUUGCCAAACUUGAACAAAUUCAUUUGGGACAACUCCCGACGAUCAGCGACCUUGUCUUCAACGUGGUGGCCGGCAAUGCCUCCAGCGCGACCGGACUCUUCUCAAUUUCGGCUUGGCCGAGGAGGGCGCGAUUCCUUCUCCGGCCGAGGCAACAGUUCGGGACUGGCUGCUCGCUCACCCAAAGCCGUUGCUCCAUCUGCACCUGGUCAAGUGCCCGCAACUCGGGGAUGAGCUCUUGA